AUGGACAACCAUAUUCCUCCUGUCCAAGUUUCUCUUCCAAACUCACCUCCCGCUGACAACAUCGCGCUCGGAGACGAAGGAAGUGUGCAAUCCCAGGACACACACGCGAUCCACGUCGACCAGCCUGUUCAACAGGGAACAGAACGAGAUCGCCCUCAACCUCAUCCCAGUGUUGAAGAAUCAAUUCCAGAGGCAUCUUCGAAUCACGUUCAUCCAGUUACACACAUUCCUUCCAAUUCUGGCUCGACUGUUGAACCUCCCACAUCACCAGCACCUCACGAAGUCAACGGAAACGCUCCUACAUCCUCCAGGAUGUCUCAUACCGCGUCGGAUGGCACCGUAGGGCAACGAGCUCGCGAUACGGAAGCGUCCAAUAGCACUGGCCUCACGUCACCGGCCUUUUCAAGCCAUCGACGUUCGUUAACUAUCGGAAACAGAGGCAACUCUGUGUCUGUGGUCCUCAUCUCUUCUGCGCUGGAGACUAUUGCAUCUUCCAAAGAAGCCAAGCGCUCGACCACGCUUCGAGAAAGCACACAACAUGCAUUGGAACUGAUUCGGAACGACCAGGGUGGAGAUCGUCCGAGGGAAGUUUUUGAGCCCCUUCGGUUAGCCUGUGAGACUAGGAACGAUAAGUUGAUGAUAGCAAGUCUUGACUGCAUUUCCAAACUAAUCUCUUACUCGUUCUUCGCUGAACCGCCCUCCAACCAGCUCAAUUAUUCUUCACCACCUCCAUCCCCCGGCUUGUCAGGAAAGCCUUCCACCGAAAACUCGUCAUCCCUUGUUGACCUUGUCACCAAUACAAUUGCAGCUUGUCAUUCGGAGACUACUCCCGAAGCAGUUUCCCUCCAGAUAGUGAAAGCCCUGCUCGCGCUCGUGCUUUCGCCAACAAUAUUCGUCCAUCAUUCGUCUCUACUCAAAGCAGUACGAACGGUCUAUAACGUGUUCCUUUUGAGCACAGAUCCCGUGAAUCAAAUGGUUGCUCAAGGUGGAUUGACUCAGAUGGUGCACCACGUUUUUACGCGUUGUAGAGCACCGACUGGUGUGAAGAAUCCGGCAACUGAAGGCCUAUCACACAGUCCCAGUCAAGACAGUUUUCCUUCCCCUAAAUCUGCAACCUUCUCCCUGCCUACCGGCUCUAAAACAAGUUUUACAAUCUCGGAAGAAAUUCAAAAGACCGAUAGAUCCUGGCCCGCACCGGAUCCACUUGAGAAGAGGGAUUCAGCCGUUGCGGAAGCAGAGCAAACCGGACAGGCUUUUUCCAGCGAGGAAAAAGGAGCUCGUGCUUCGCACGAAUCCUUUGUAGAAAGUAACCUACGAGGACCUACACCAGAAGUCAAUGGUCAUCGACAGCUGACCAGGACUGAUCUUUUUAUCAAAGAUGCGUUCCUAGUCUUUCGAGCGCUGUGUAAACUGACCAUGAAGCCACUCAACAACGAGAGCGAACGUGAUAUGAAGUCGCACGCAAUGCGUUCAAAAUUACUAUCGCUGCAUCUCGUGCUCACGGUCCUCAAUUCCCAUAUGCCCCUUUUUGUGGACUCAACGGCAUUGAUUUACUCGAGUUCAUCUAAUGAGGCGACGACUUUCGUUCAAGCCAUCAAGCAAUUCCUUUGUCUAGCUAUGAGUCGAAAUGCAAUCAGUCAAGUGCCUCAAGUAUUCGAAAUAGUCGUUGAGAUAAUUUGGCGCGUGCUCUCCGGAAUGCGGACGAAGUUAAAGAAAGAAAUUGAAGUUCUGCUUCAUGAGAUAUUUAUACCUAUCCUCGAGAUGCGGACAUCGACAGUCAAGCAAAAAGCAGUUAUCCUCGGCAUGCUUUCACGACUAUGUCAAGAUCCCCAGGCUUUAGUCGAGAUAUAUCUUAACUAUGACUGUGACGGUCAGUCAGCGGAUAAUAUCUAUGAACAUCUUAUGAACGUGAUAUCAAAAAUCGGGACGACGCCUUCAGUAUUGACAGGGACCAAGGCCAAUGAACCCCCUAGUCCUGCGAUACAACCUGCCACCAAAUCUUCUGGAAACGUUCCACACUCCUUAAGCACAACUGCAAUGUCCGUCUCAGGGUCGAUGGACACGUCCAUGAUGGGGCAAUCAGAAGCACAUCUCAGACGACAGGGUCUUGAGUGUCUUGUCACUGUGUUACGGUCGCUCGUUGCCUGGGGGACUGCAGCUGAAAAGACUGCGGACGAUAGUACUUUGGUAGCUUCCUCUUCUACACCUUCGCAAACCGGUGAGGAUCUUAGACGUAAUUCCCUGACGCCAGAUCCAUCACUCGACAAGGUGUCUACGGACCCCAGCACAGAAACACUCCGACAGUCUACUCCUGAAUUAGAGGACGACCCGAGCAGAUUCGAGAGUGCGAAGCAGAAGAAGACGGCGUUACUGGAAGGAAUCAAGAAAUUCAACUUCAAGCCGAAACGAGGUAUUCAAUUUUUGAUCGAAACUGGGUUUAUUCCAAGUAAAUCACCUCAAGAUAUCGCCAAGUUCCUCCUAAAUACCGAUGGCCUCGGCAAAGCUAUGAUCGGAGAGUAUUUGGGCGAAGGGGAGGAAGAAAACAUCGCCAUCAUGCAUGCGUUUGUGGACCUGCUGGAUUUCACCAACCUUCCUUUCGUCGAUGCCCUCCGCUUAUUCUUACAAUCCUUCCGUUUACCUGGUGAAUCGCAAAAGAUCGAUAGGUAUAUGCUCAAAUUCGCAGAGCGUUUCAUUGCAGGCAACAGCCAGACACCUUUUGCAAAUGCGGAUGCCGCCUAUGUGCUAGCGUACUCCACAAUUCUGCUCAACACUGACGCUCAUAAUCCUCAAAUAAAAAAGCGUAUGACAAAACCGGAUUUUAUCAAGAAUAAUCGCGGGAUCAACGACAAUGCAGACCUUCCGGAGGAGUUUUUAUCUGCCAUCUACGACGAAAUAGUCAAUAAUGAAAUCAAAAUGAAAGACGAGGUCGGACGUACGGCCAGCGCUACCGGACCUGGCUUAGCAAGCGUUUUGGCGAACAUGGGUCGAGAUCUGCAGAAGGAGGCCUAUGUCAUGCAGUCCAGUGGGAUGGCCAAUAAAACUGAGGCUCUGUUCAGGACGAUGAUGCGCACGCAACGGAAAGGUUCUAAAAGUGGAGAACAAUUUUUCAGCGCCUCUCAUUUCGUACAUGUUCGGCCCAUGUUUGAAGUAGCUUGGAUCGCGUUCUUAGCUGGCCUGUCUGGACCGCUCCAGGACACGGAUGAUUUCGAGAUUGUUGAGCUCUGUCUAGACGGUUUCAAAAGUGCCAUCCGUAUAGUCUGCUUCUUCGAUUUGGAAUUGGAGCGGAACGCACGCGUACGAAAAUUACCCACAGAAGAAUUGGCCAACGAGAGUCGAUCCACCCAUAUCACUGUGGCGGCAGAUAUGGUGUUCUCCUUGAGUCAUUAUCUAUCAGGGACUGCUAUCGUUGACUUUGUUCAAGCUUUAAGUGACGUUUCAUGGGAAGAAAUACAGUCAUCUGGUCUUUCUCAGCACCCUCGGCUAUUUAGUCUGCAAAAGUUGGUCGAGAUUUCGUAUUACAAUAUGAACCGAAUUCGCCUCGAAUGGUCCAACUUGUGGGGCAUUCUGGGUAAACACUUUAAUCAGGUGUGCUGUCACAACAACCUUCAUGUGGCAUCGUUCGCGCUGGAUUCUCUCCGCCAGCUAGCGACGAGGUUUCUGGAGAAGGAGGAGCUACCGCAUUUCAAAUUUCAGAAAGACUUCUUGAAACCCUUUGAACAUACCAUGAUACAUAAUUCAAAUCCGGACAUAAGGGAUCUAGUCCUACAAUGCCUACAACAAAUGAUCCAAACACGGGUUCAGAAUAUGCGCUCUGGCUGGCGAACCAUGUUCGGCGUUUUUCAAGCUGCCUCUAAGGUCCUGACAGAACGAAUCGCCAAUUCUGCGUUCGAGAUCGUGACGCGGCUGAACAAAGAGCACUUUAACGCCAUUGUGCGACAUGGGGCAUUCGCUGACCUCACUGUCUGCGUUACGGAUUUCUGUAAAUCGAGCAAAUAUCAGAAAAUCAGCCUGCUAGCGAUCGGCAUGUUACGAGGUAUCAUCCCCGUCAUGUUGGAUUGCCCAGAAUGUGGUUGGUCGACAGAGUCUUUGGAUGAUAAUAUGAUCAAGUAUUGGUAUCCGAUCCUGUUCGCCUUCUACGAGAUCAUCAUGAAUGGCGAAGAUCUAGAAGUUCGCCGACUGGCCCUCGAUUCGUUAUUCACCACUCUCAAGACGUAUGGGUCCACAUUCCCUGUCGACUUCUGGGAUACAUGCUGUCAGGAACUCUUGUUCCCUAUAUUUUCUGUGUUGAAGUCCAGCCAAGAUUUGUCUCGCUUCAGUACACAAGAAGACAUGAGCGUGUGGCUGUCAACAACCAUGAUACAGGCUCUCCGAGACCUAAUCGAUCUAUAUACUUUCUUUUUCACCACUCUAGAACGGUUCCUCGAUGGUCUACUCGACUUGCUGUGUGUAUGUAUUUGCCAAGAAAACGAUACUCUUGCAAGAAUAGGAACAUCGUGUCUUCAACAGCUGCUCGAGAACAAUGUUUCAAAAUUAAGCCCGGUUCGUUGGGAGCGUGUUGUAACCACCUUCGUCAAGUUAUUCAAAACAACCACACCCCAUCAACUUUUCGACGAUGCUCUGCGUGUACAAAUUUCCGAUCACAACAGCCCCGAGCUAGGAGACCCGAAUGAAGCCAAUGGUCAGGCCAUCCUCCCAGCCCCGCUUUCAUCCGGCAACGAACCAACAAAGUCCGGAGUACAGCACACAGUUGACGACCGUCGCCGCAUUUUCAAGCAAAUAAUCGUGAAAUGUGUUUUGCAAUUGCUGUUAAUAGAAACAACAAACGACCUCCUUCGCAAUGACGAGGUGUACAACACAAUUCCGCCGGAUCAGCUGCUCCGACUCACGAGUGUUCUCGACCAAAGCUACCAAUUUGCGAGAAUGUUCAACGAAGAUAAAGAACUUCGUACGGGUCUGUGGAAAGUUGGAUUCAUGAGGCAUUUACCGAAUCUACUCAAACAAGAGUCUAGCAGUGCUGCCACGUUAGUCCAUGUCCUUUCACGCAUGUACUACGACCUUCGCCCGGAACAUCAGAGCGCCCGCGGCCAAAUUGCCGAGCGGCUUAUGCCGCUCAGUUUAAAUGUGAUUCGAGACUUCAACAAGCUGCGAGCUGAUAGUCAAAAUAAGAAUAUUCUUGCAUGGACACCUGUAGUUGCCGAUAUUUUGGAUGGGUUUUGCCGGUUCGACGACAAAGCGUUCGCAAGGUACCUACCGGCUAUCUACCCUCUUGCAGCUGAGCUGCUCGUCAGGGAACUAACGCCGGAUAUUCGUCAAAGUCUCAAGACAUAUUUCAUCAGGGUUGGAUUUGCACAGAGAAUUAUAGAGCCAUCAUAA